AUGUUAAAAAAGUGUACAUUAUUAGUUUGUGGACUAUGGAUUAUAUUAAAUACAUUUUAUGUGUCAGUUUAUGGAAACGUGAGAGAAAUACGAUCUCCGCAAACCAAUUGGUGGCAGCAAGCUCAAUUCCAGCAACAACCUCCUAACGGAAAUGUUCUAGAAGGGAAGUCUCAGUCGAAUCAGCAAGGAAAUAAUGAUUUGAUAUUUAUUUUUAACAAGGAAAAUGAUAGUUUAGUAGAAGUUCGUGGAAACUGGCCUUCUCGUUCAGGUGAAGUUGUAAAUACGGCACCGCAAGUCUUGUAUGCCAGUAAUGAAAACUCAAAUAAUGUUCCUCCUCGGCCAGCUGUUUCGCCUCAAGAAGAAAGGCCAAUUCAGCAACCUUCACUAGAGGCAUGGCGACCACCAUCUCCUGAAGGAUGGCAGUCACGACCACCUACUCCUGAAGGAUGGCAGUCACGACCGCCAGCUCCUGGAGGAUGGCAGUCACGAUCACCUAGUGGUGGUGCUCCUUUACAAGGAUCACCUUCACCUCAACAAGGAUCACCUUCACCUUAUGGUGAGCAACCAUAUGACUCCCAAUAUAACAACAGAUUUGGACAACAAUCAGAUUAUUUUAGAAGGCCACAUAUACCGUAUGAUCAAAUGUAUGAAGGCAGGCAAAAUGAAUCAACUAGUUAUAGAAGACCAUUUCCUCCGUAUCCGUUUCCCCCUCCAUAUUGGUAUCCACAUCAUUUCCAUCCACCACCCUAUUCAUUUUAUGGGCGAGGACCACCACCAUAUCCGUUUUAUGGACGGCCUUUUGCACCCCCACCAUAUUCAUUUUAUGGACGACCACCGCCUCCAUUUUUUCCACCAUGGGCUCGUUUCGGAUACCCGCCUCCAUGGCACAGAUAUUAUGGUUCAUUUCGUCCACCAUUUCCGCCGCCGGACUUUAGAGACCCACAGUAUAGAAUGGGUUCUGAAACAUUGCCUAAUACGGGAAACUUCAACUUUUCUGAUUAUAAUCUAAUAGAUAGAAAUCAAAUCAAUUCCAGACCUGAUAUAAGAGGACAACCGCAAAGUGGUGGUAUGCCUUUGACAGACAUUAAUGGAGAAUAUUCGCAAAAUAUGAAUCCUUCAAUGCUACAAAUCUUUCAAGCAGUUCCUGUUACGCCAGAUUAUUAA